CUCUUCAUCCGAGGCGCUCUGGGAAUGGGCGGUAGGGCUGGAAGGCUGUCCUGUCAUGGGCAGCUCUGUGGCUGUCUCCGAGCUGGCCCUGCAGCUGUGCUUCUCCUUGGUAAAGGAAAGGAUACUUGGGAGUUAAAACCUGCUCAGUGGGUACCAAUGCGGUCAGCUUUUGUGGAUGGUGGUUUGAAAAUGGGAGCAUCUGAUUUCUGGGAAAGAAAUUGUAGGCUUUUGUUUCAAAACUGGCUGGGUAGAAGGAGAAACCAGCCGAGCAGGAGAUAGCAUCCUGAUAAAAUGUCGCUCUGGAGCUGUGGGAGGCCGGCUGUGUGCCAGGAGGGCCCUUAUGUCUUCCUGAAAAUACUUUGUCCCAGGACAUGGUGCAGGUAAGAGCCAGGCAGCAGCUGUAAGCGAAGAGUGAAAAAGGUUGGUUGUUAUCGCUGGGUAGCAAAUCAGUAAUGCUGGUAUGAGAAGGUGUCAAGAGAGAAGCAUGAGGGAAAGAUGGAGUUAAGGCAAAGAGGUAAAUUUGAACAGGAAUCUGGUUAAGCAUUAGCAAGGAAAGAAUGAAAUUAAGAGGCCGUGGGAAAGGGAGCCCAGCAACAUUUCAUAGGUUGCUGAAGACAAUCCCUACAUUAUUGUUCAUUCUGAAGGUUGUCAUUGAAUUUGCAUGGAUUUGGAAGUUAAAGGAGUUGCUGUGUCCCCUCGAAGGCAGACUCAGCUGUCAUCGAUGGGGAAGAAACGCCAGGGCUGGAGACCAGAUACACGGGCUACUCACGGUCCUCGCCCACCAGAGGUGCCAUGCCUAGAUCUAGGAAGGCUGAGAGAUUCUGAUGAAGAGGAUGGGGACUCAUACAUACCAUACAGUGGAAGCUAUCCUCAUACAUACCCUCUAGAUUCAUCUUUGGAUUGGAGAACAUCAUUACAAACACCAUAUGCACAGCAUCAUCAGGCCCAGCAGCAUUAUGUGUUGGAGCAGAAGACGAUACCAGAAAAUCUGCCAUCCCCAACAGACAGAUAUAAACUGAAGUAUUGUCAGUAUGAAGCAGAUAUGAAGGAAGAAUAUAAGCAGUAUUCUCAGAGAAUUGCAGAAAAGAAAAAAGACCACAUCCGGUGUCCAGAAGCUUCGAUAAAGUGUACACAGCUUGAAGAUGCACAUAAUGAUGAUCUUACAGCUCUUGAUGAGAAAGCUCUUCUUCAACAACACUACACAAGCAAGCCCUAUAAUAUGCAGCACAGUAUAAGGAAAUCAGAAGCUGAAGAUGUUGCUGCAGAGAAGAGAAAACAGGCUGUAGUAGAACAAGUGAUGGUGGAUCAAUUAUCUAGAGCUGUUAUAAGUGACCCAGAGCAAUCCAUGCGUGGUGAUGUUUACAAGGAAGCUCAUGGACUUCUGGGACUUAGGACCGCACCAAUGCGUUUUAGAAAAAGAACGCUGCAUGAAACAAAAAUAAGGACAAAAUCAGCAUUAACUGAAAACAUGCUCUCUAACAAGCUACGCUUUGAUAGUAGGAUUAUAUCAAGAAACGGUCACGAUGCUUGUAGAGAGUUGAUUGGAUUUUUUUUUGCAUGUGACAGAUCCCUUACUGUAUACGAAUAUCGACAAUUUGGAAAAAAUAGAACAAAUGCAUUGCCGUUUAUUCAGAAGGGAGUUUAUCAACAUCAACGUGGACAAAAGAAGGGAAAAGCUUAUGAUCUUAGUGACUUCUAUGUUGGGGCUAACCUAACUUUCCGAAGUGUCGAUCAUAACCUUCCAGAAAGUAUUAAGCAGAGCUCAGUUCUCACCCUUCGUGUGAUAAAUAUUGAUGAAGCAGCUAUGGAUUUUCUAAAAGCUGCUUCUGUGGAAUUCAAGCAAGAGCAUUCCAAGCAAGUGGUUGAUGACAGCAAAGUUUUCAAGAAGAUUCAAGGUAUACUCAGAGGGACACUAAGUAAAAGAGGAGUUCGGGUUAUAACAGGUUUAGGAAAGUAUUUCCGACAAAUGGACAAAACCAGAAAUGGGUUUCUCUCUCAGGCAGACUUUAAAGAAGCUCUAAAAGUAUUCCAUUUGGAAAUACCUGAAGGGGACUUUGAAUCUUUAUGGCUUAUUCUUGAUGAUAGCAAGAGUGAUAAGGUCGACUAUGGAGAAUUUACCCGUGCUGUAUUUGGAGAAAUGAACGAAUAUCGGAAAGCAUUUGUAAGAAAAGCUUAUAUGAAACUAGAUUUCAACAAAACUGGGAGUGUGCCUAUGGUAGAUAUCAGAAAAUGUUACUGUGCAAAGAAACAUCCUCUAGUAUUGGCAGGCAAAGCUACAGAAGAAGAAAUUAAAUCAUCGUUUCUAGAAACAUUAGGCGAGUCCUGCAGCAACCCCAGUGAAGUCUCCUAUUCUGAGUUUGAAGAUUACUAUGAAGGAUUAAGUAUUGGAAUCAUGGAUGAUGAUGAUUUUGUUAAUAUUUUAAGGAACCCUUGGGGAAUUUAGAGUUGUAGACAACAAAAAUGAAGAAGAGACAUUUUCUACACAAGGAGUGAGCUAAAUAAGGGAGGAUUUAGUCUUGAUGUGCAUUACUUCAUAAUUAGUGUCUUAAACUGAUUUCAGGGACUGAAAAUUUUAGAUGCUUUCAGAAUAAUACAUUGCAAAUCUCUUAGAGUGGCUGUUGAGCUAUGCUAACCAAUUUUUUAAUAUAAAUGCUGUUCAUUCCUUUUCAUUGGAAAUAAUAAAGGCUGUUCCCCAUACCAAAAGGCAUAAUUUACUUGAUACUAGGAUAAAGUGGCCUAUUUUAAAAUAAAAGGGAAUUAGAAAGCAAAAUGCAUGAAGGAGUAUAUGCAAGAGAAAAUUUAGUUUUAUGAUGCAUUGUGAAAAGCUUUAGAUUUGACUGUGUAAGUAUCAAUGGUAGCUUUUCUUCAGAGUUUUCUUCUUAUAAAAAUAAUAGGUUUAUCCGUCUGACAUUCUUUGUCUCAUUUCUUGUUUCUUAUGCUGGUACUUAGCCUGAAAGAGAGCAGGUCAUCCUUUUCUCAUUUUGAGGAUGUCUGCAGUACUGAAGGAGCAGAGAAGUUCACACCAAUUAGCCUUUGAACUUCUGCGGAGACUGUCUUGACUGAUCUUACUUUUUCAUCAGGCAUCCGAAGCUGAGCAUUGAAUCACAAAGGUUUUAAUAAGCUCACGGAUAUUUUGUAAUGCACUUUUUCCUUUCUUAUAUUUUGCGAAGUGGUUUUCAAACGAAUAAUUUAUAUUUAAAUAUCUGGUUUCUUUAUUUUCUAUUGCUGUGAUUUUUUUUUUAAACUGAAACUUAGCAAGGAUAUCCUUUGUCAAACUGAUAUAGCAUUUCCUAUCUACUCUGAAAGUAUAAAACAGAAAAGUGUAAAAAAUAAAAAAAAAGGAAAAAACAACAGCAAAUAAACCAAACCAACCCACCUCUGUCACAACAAAAGUUAAACCAUUAAUUAAAAUGUUCCUUGCUACUUCAAAUAUUCAGCCAGAUAUGCUUUUCAAUGUAAUACAGCUUGUUAAUUCUGUAAAAUUCUUUGUGUUAAGUAAAAAAGUGUAUUAUUAAUUAUAUGUAUAGAGAUACGUAGACUUUGUUUCAAUAUACCUGUCACUGAAAUUAACUUUACGUUGAACUGCAUUUUUUAAGCUUAUGCAAUUAAAAUAUAUUAGUUUU